AUGCAAUUAUCUAUGCGGAUGAUGUUCACACCAAAACAUCAGAAACUGGUCAAUCAAUGUUAUCCUACGGGGAGAACCACUGAUAAGAAGCCCAAAUCUUCGGAGACUUCAUACUUGCUAUAUUAUGUCAACUCGAGACGUAGCAAACUGGAAAAAGUCAGCACGUACCUGAUCAAACGUUCCACUUCUGACUUGAAUCAUCGUCGCAUAGGAAAUAUUGCAGUUACAUUAGACUUAAUGAACAGAAUUGUGUUGCAUUGUAAGGAGAAUUUGAAUGUUUUUGUCAAAGAUUUUUUGUACAUUAUGAACAAAGUUCUUUCGAAUAACAAUUUUAAUAAUGACGUGUCUCUCGUGGAAUUGGUAGAGCUGGCAUUUAGUAGCAUAUGUCUGAACUUGGACGAUGUUUUGUGUAAUGGUGAUAUGGAAUUCGUUCAGUUAUAUCAAAGCUUUGUUGAUCUUUUUUUCAAAAUAGUCACUGAAAGAAUUCAUAAUGAUGAUCUGCUUCUGAAAUGUUGUAUUGAUAUAUCAAACACGAACAGUGUGUCAAGUAACCCUCAACUUAACCAUUUUGUUUCCAAAUCUGUUGCGUAUACUAUUUCAAAGUUUCAAGAGAGGAAUCCCAAGUUCAAAACCUUGUCAUUGGAACCAGCCGUGGACAGUAAUUUAGGAAAAAGACUAAGUCGAACACAAACUCGUACGAUUGGUUUAGAUAAAGCCGUUGAAGGUAAUGAUGAUCUUUCUGUAAGAGCAUUACAAUCCUAUUUCAACACAACUGAAACAGAUAAAUUAAAUUUAUCCAUUCGUACUUUGUUACGCUGUUUACAAAAUACACCGAAUAAAGAACUGCUAGAGUUUAUAUGCAAUGGUAUACCUGUCCAGCUACGAUAUAUUGUUAUUCUCCUUUUGGUUAGACAGCUAAGCGACAAAGAUAAAAAUAUGAAUCCAGUUGUUUCUUUGAAGUUGAUGUCAUCAUUGCUUGUCUCCGAUGUCAGUAUAGUAGGCCUAAGUGUCCUUGAUAUAAUGAGAAAGCUUUUAAAUUUCCAAUUGAAGAAUGCAGUUGAUAAAGAAAUCGUGGAACAAUCAUGCAUUACUAUGACAGAUCUCAAUCAUAAAACCUAUUACGCUGAACAGACUUCAGAUAUGUUAUAUGAACUACUGUUAAAACUGAAAAGUGACACUGUCAAAGACAUGGAAAAGAAUGCAGUCGUGGAAGAUAUUGAUUCUCUCGUUGAACGUAUGACACAGCCAAGUAUUAGUUUAGAGUUGUUCAUCGACUUAGCCCAUUACCUGAAAAACCAUAUCAUAUGUUUGUUUACUAUUGUUGAAACUGAGAUUCCGAGUGGUUUCCUCUUUUCUAAACUGUACUCAUUAUUACGUGAACUGGAUUCACAUGCUGUACAAAAAGAAAUGAUGGAAGAGGUAUUUGAUAAGUAUGGGAAAGUGGCACUAUUGUCUGGUUUGCAUUACUUUCUUGAGAACGUUUCUGAACCCGACUACAUCUAUUACUUGUAUCAUUUACAAGCAGCCAACUUCCUAAAACUAAAUGACUACAAAUCACAAACUGAGUACAAAAUGCAAACUAAAACCUUGUUCACCAAGGAAGAUUUGUUGUCCUACUAUUCUGACACCGGAUCAAAUAAAUACAGCAAGAGGGGUGCACAGAUUCUAUUGUCUCGUGACAACCAGAUUUCUACCUCUGAUCUGCUGUCGGACUCUCAAGCUCGCGCUACAUCUCUGGAUUACAGGACUGCUCCUAAUGCGACUCUUUCAAAUGGCAAAGCAAUUUCUAACAAUAGUAAUUCUGCGCUAAAACAAAGUAGAUUCGAUAAUAGCAUAGACGAUAAUAUAGACGACAUCAACGAUACUGUUAUUUCUGAUGCUAAUGCAAAGGGUAGUAUCUAUAGAUUUGUUGCUGAAGACGCAAGAUCAUGGAAAACAAUGAGAGCCACUGCACCCAGAGUUAGUGAUUUGAAAAAAACUAUAAAUGAAAAGAAUAAUCGAAAUAAUAUGAAAAGAGAUGGUUCUAUCCGCGGUUCUCAAUCAGUAAAAUCUCGUGUCACUAAUAUCACAUUCUUGUUAAAUGAAUUAAAGACUUUCUCAGAGGACACAAACAAGAUCAAUGAUCCUGAUGAAGAGAAUAUUGUUGGCUUAGAUAAAAUCGAUGUUGCGAGGUCAAAUUCUCUGCGGCUCGCACCAAUAUCUAGUCUUUCCGAUCGUAGCAGCACUGGAAAUAGAAGAUCAUUAUUACAAAAAAAAUCGGUUAGUGAGAAUCAAGACGAUGACUUUAAAGAUGCAAAUGAAGAUUUACGUUCUUUAAGUUCAAGAGGUAAAAUAUUUUCCUCAACAUGA